AUGAUAUCUAGACUAUCCCUGAACCUGGACCUAACACAAGCCCGCCAGCUAGCGACACACACUAUAUACCCUGGCUCAUCCCUGCCCACCUUCACCUUCGCUCUCAGGGAUUACGUCCAAGAACCAACAGAAGCAGUGAACCAGGAGUAUAGAACCAUCAGCAAGAAUUUAGAACUCACACCAGGAGUAAAGAACCCACACCAGGAGUACAGAACCCACACCAGGAGUAAAGAACCCACACCAAGAGUAAAGAACCCACACCAGGAUUUUAAUGAACCGUCUGAAGUAGAACUGGAGUUAUUACAGGGAAAAGAAGUUUCACCGUUGUGUAUCAGUGAGGUGCAACAGCGGGCGGGAAACAGUGAAGCGGAGAGCCCCUGGAGGCCGCCACACUCUGGACCCCUGGCCAGGUGUACGGCCUCGGCCAGGUUGUGUGUCACUGUCAAAGGCCACGACGACACCGACCACGACGACACCAACCACGACGACACCGACAACGACGACACCAACCACGAUGACACCGACAACGACGACACCAACCACGAUGACACCAACCACGACGACACCAACCACGAUGACACCGACAACGACGACACCAACCACGACGACACCGACAACGGCGACACCGACCACGACGACACCAACCAAGACGACCCCUAA